AAAGAAAAAAAAAUGUUUUAUAUUAUUUUUAAAAAUCGGUGGCAUUAACAUAAUUGGCUGUACAACAUUGCCAAUCGAAACCUUAAUUUAAAAUCAAUGUUAUAACUUAUAAGUAUUUUAAAAUGUAAGAAAGAAGUAUAAUUAAGUUUUUGUCAAAAAAAAAGAAAGACGUACGAACCAAUUAAUAAACUUUCUUUGCAUUUGGUCUAAAAAGUUUACCAAAAAAACACAAUCUACUAAACUGACUAAGAAAAAAUAAUCAAUAAUCGUAUAACUGCCAGCAAGGAUAGUAAAAUUAGAUCCUUACGAAGUCGUUUCCGGCUAUUUGAAGAUCAUGUAUGUUUUUGUUGAGAAAACCAUGUAUGCAUUUUUCUUUUUCUUUUUUUUCAUGUAUAAUUUUGUUAUUAAAGAUAUGUAACUAUUGAUUUUCUUUUAAAAAAUAAAUCUCAAAUUAUAUAAAUAUUUGAAAAUAUAACUAUAAAUAAAUAAUGCUAAAUUAUAUGAAUACUAGAUUCUGAUGCGCACUUUCAAAUGGCGAGUAUAUAUUUUUUUUUUGCUUUUAAUUUUUAUAUUUGUGUUUCUCUGGAAUCAUAUCUAAGUUAAUAUAACUUUUGGUAACUAUAUUAAAUAUGUCAAGUUGCAGAACUAUACAUUUGUACUAUAUGCAUUUCAAAACUUAUUUUUAAUAUUUAUUUUUAAACUUUGUAACAUAUUAUAUUUUCUUAAUAGUUAUCUAACAUAAUUAGUCAAGAAUAUUCAUACCUAAAAAACUUGACUCAGAAUUGACCUGAAAAUCAAAGUCCCAUAAUCUAUUAGACCAGACCUAUAUACUUGAACGGUUUUUCAAGUGUUAUAACUGAAAACCAAUAUCAAACCCAAUCCGCAUCGAAAACCAAACAAUUUUUGAAAAAUGUUUGAAAAACAUAUUUUAGUAUAUUCUGUUAAAUAUAUAUAUAUGUAAAUGGCUAAUAUGAUUUUUACCUGUAAUAUAUUUUUAUUGUUACAUAUUCUAAUUUAUUUUAAUGUUUGUGUUAAAUAUUAAAUGGUUUGGGAUGAUAUAAUCAAGUUGUAUAAAAUGGCAAUAAUACUGAUUUUCAAUGAAAAUAUAAAUUGUUUUGAAUAUCCUAUAAUGUUUAGCAGAGAUUAUAGCUGAAAAUGCACCUAUUUAUUCACUUAUUUAUUUAUUUAAAACAGCUUUCGAAAAAUGCACUUGUUUAUUCAUGUCAAAAGAACUUCUUUUUAAAUUAUAGAAACCCGUCGAUUCUGUAGAAUUAGACACAUGCAUGCAUGACAGCAUAGUCCCACUCCACAGGUAACUACGUGGGAAGCUCACUCCACCUGAAACCAAACAAAGUCUUCCACAAAACUUCCAUCCCAUCAUUUCAUGUCUUUUCUUUUACUCUCUAUAUAUACGAUUCCACUUAAACACGGACUCUAUAACUCUGUCCUCGAUCUAAUUAAGCACAUUUCAAAACACACACACACACCCCUCUCAUAGGUAUUAAACACGUUUGUAUUAGUUACAUGGAAAACAAAAAUGUUGGUCAACUAGAACAACGAUUCUCUGUUGACCAAGUGUCUUAUAGAGGCGUUCGCCAGAGGAAGUGGGGAAAAUGGGUGUCGGAAAUCCGAGAACCCGGUAAGAAAACCCGUAUUUGGCUCGGAAGCUACGAGACGGCCGAAAUGGCCGCAGCUGCUUACGACGUUGCGGCUAUUCACCUCCGAGGACGUGGGACACAUGUCAACUUUCCGGAGCUUGCUGACAGUUUUCCUCAGCCGCAAAGCUCAAGUUCCGAGCACAUUCAAGCUGCUGCUCAGGAGGCAGCACUGCUGUUUAAACCGGGCGUGUCGUCUACUGAAGCAGAUCUCGGGUCGGGUCAGGGACAUUCUCGGGUCGGAUUGUCUCCGGAUCAGAUUCAGGCGAUUAAUGAAUUUCCAUUGGACUCGCCGAGGAGGGGGUGGAUGCAGGAUUUGGAAGUGGAUGAUUAUGAAGAGUUGUACGGACGAAUUUUUGGUCAAUGCGAUAGAGAUGAGUAUUUUGAAAUGCAGCAGUUUCGAUCCAUAUUGGGAUCUUAACUGCUUUUGAUAUAUAUAAUUGCUUAAACAUUUAAUUCUUAUUAUGAGGCUAUCAACCAUUUAAGGUUAUGACUUAACUAAUUAUUUAUUGCCCUUAAAGUUGUAAUUUUUUUUUGUUUUUUUGUUUUUUUAUAAAAAAAUCGAUUUUUUUCAAAAUAUGAAAGUGAAUAUUCCCAAAUAUUUUGUUUCCAUAUUUUUAGGA